UGGUGUCGAUGUUGUGCCAGAGGAGACUCACAACCUGUGUAUGAGGCAGAAUCUCUUCUUAGCACAUACCCAAAAGCAUCGUUAAGAGCAGCAAUCCUAAAGUCUCAACCUCCUUUGAGACUACUACAUCUUAAAAGAGCACCUUCAGCUCUAAGAAAACAGUGGAAUUAUACUGGCCCUAUGCAGUCAAGAAGCAUCUUAGCUCAUACAAAACAUGGUAGGCAAAGCUUGGCUGCAGAAUCCCUGUUUGGAAGCCCAACUCUAGGUCAGAGCCCUGAGCCUUGGAGCAAUCAGAUUGUAGGCUUCAGAAGAAUGAAGAUAUUUGAUACCAACCAGGAAUGUAACAUGCCUUACUCCUGUGCUUACUGCGAACUGAUCCGUUCUUCUGUAUCAUUUCACUUCAGGGAAAGAGAUACUGACAAAGAUGGGAAGGUUAAUUUUAAAGAAUUUUUCCAUGGGCUCUUUGAUUUGGUAAGAAACUAUGAUGAAGAGGAUCAUAAUUCUUCACACGAGUCUCAUGGUUCAGAGGAGUUCCCUGCUAGAAAGUUAUUUGCGCAGUUUGACAAAGAUGGUGAUGGAUAUUUGUCCGAUGUUGAACUGCUAUCUAUUAUUGGAAAAAUUCAUCCAUCAGAGCAUUACUAUGCCAAGCAACAAGCACAUUAUAUCAUAUCACAG